AUGCCCUUGACCUUUUCCGUGACGGCGGCCUUGCAGAUGUUCUUGCCAGGUGCUGCCGAGCUUCUCUCCCUGCUGCGGACAUGUCAGCUGGCCUUAUCCGUGAACGUGAUCAUUGAGUUGCUAUUCAUUCUCAAUGGCAGCCAGAAGCAAAUCGUCACGCAUCUGCCAGAAGAGCCGAUACCAGUUUAUGGGAAACCGCCUCUCUGUUGCAUUUUUGGAUGGAGCUGCUGUGCGCGAAAAGUUAAACUUUGGCAUCUUCGCUUCUUUGUGUUUGGCUUACAACAGUUCGUGGUGAUCCUCCCUGUGGUCGGGCUGAUUGACUCCUUCAACCAGCCUUAUGCUCAGUCCGGCAUCUUCGCCAAGAUCGAUAAGAUGUGUGGGUUUGUGGCGACCGUAAGUACCCUUUUCGGCCUGUGGUGCUUCAAGUGCCUCCUCCCACUUAUGACGGAGUCCAUCAGCUCUGAUACAUUAACGCAAGCUAAUGUGAAUGCAAUGGAGCACUUCGUUGUGUGGCAGAUGCUGUUGACACGCUUGUUGGAAAAAGUGUUGCAGAAGCUGGUGCGAAAAGACUUUGAGGGUGAAAGCUGGGUGAUGCCCUCAUAUGUCUCCGUCAAAAUUCUCACUGGUUUCAUCACUUGCGUCUGUCAGCUUGGUCUAGCUAUUACAGCCUUACGGUCCUAUGCAGCCACUUCUGCACUGUAUCCGCCCGUGAACUAUGCCACGGACCUGCCCCCAGACACCUUCGCAGUGCUUGACAUGGGUGGCAUUGACCCUGAUAAGUGGCAUCGGCUACGGGAGCUCCGGGAAAUUCUUUCUGCUUCCCGGGGGGCCCCGCUCCCGCUGGCCCCGCUGCUCGCCAAGAGCACGGCAGAUGGGACCUACUUUGACUACUCCAGCGAGGAGUCUUCAACCGACAACGGCCAGAACAAUGUGCCGGCUGUUGCUUUCUUUGGCUGGCCCGUGCUGCCCUUCUUGCCGCGGCCGCAGUCGAGGUUGUACACUUACGUUGGACAGGGAAUCGACCUUCCACACAUCCCAUCUCCCUCCAACGAGGAUGUGGACCACUGGCACAAGGUGUACAUGGAUGGCUUGCAGAAGCUGUUCGAUGAGAGCAAGGCAGAUCACCAGCGCUGCAACAGCGAUGCAGAACUACGCGGAAUGGCCGGCAUGGCCACACUGCAAGCCUUCGGCCUUCGGCCCAUGAGACCUGGAGUUGACAUCCUCUUCAUCUACAAUUCGUGCAAGGCUUUCGAUCGAGCACCAUCCUUGCAUGCCGGCACAUGUGUGCAGCAAAAGGAAUGCAUCAUCCUGCAUCUGUCAUGGCUUUGUUGGCAAGUGCAGAGCGAGGGCGGGAUAGGGCAAGCUGGAAGGAGCUAUGCACCCGAGGUGAAGUCAUGGACGAAGGGGCUCCUCGCCCAUCUUAUCAUCGUCCCUGCCUGGGUCAUUCCCCCAGGCCUGCUACUCGGCUCCCUACUGACCGCGGGUGCUCCUUUCGGAGCCAAAGGCUUGCUGGCCUCCAUGGGAGCCGGAGUGGGACUGAUGGCCGGGCCGAAGUCGCUGCGCCCCGCUCUGUGCGUGUUCGUCUUGUGCAUGGCUGCAAGGGCCCAUGAUGGCAUCGCAAUGGCUGCUGCGAUCUUUGCUUCGUUCCUGACUUGGAUCGUUACUCGAUCAGGAACCAUUUCUCCAAGGCCUUGGCUCUUCAACUAUGUCAGCACAUGGGCAAAGGACUACUACACUGAGACAGCUCUUCGAGGUGCCUUGCAUGACAUCCGACCCACGAAGAGCUUCUUCGGCUUCCACCCACACGGCUGCCUCUCAGCAGGGUUCACCAUCAACGGCACCUUCAACCCGGACUUCAUGCGCGCGGCCACCCGUGUUGCAUGGUUGUGUGACCCCACCCUGAGGCACAAGAACCCCGGCUUUCGGCUGAUGAGCGAGGCCUACGAAGCCGAGGACAGGGCCAUCGAAGCCUGCGACCCGGAAGGCUUCAAACUCCACAUGACGAAAGGUGUCAAUAUCUCAUUUAUACCUGGUGGCUUUUUGGAUGCUGUCGCCUUCGAGUAUGGAAAGGACGUUUGUGUCCUUCGCAACAGAAAAGGCUUCAUCAAGUACUGCCUGCGGUUCGGAUACCGCGCCCAUCCUGUUUACACUUUUGGAGAGUGCCAGACGUAUUAUACGUUCCGCGGCAUGAAGGCUUUGCGAAUGAAGAUCGCUCGGAACAAUGUCCCUGCGGUGGCAUUCUUUGGCUGGCCUGUUCUUCCUUUCCUUCCCCGACCACAGAGUAAGCUGCUGACUUAUGUCGGACAAGGAAUUGACUUGCCGCAGAUAGAAUCUCCCACCAACGAGGAUGUGGACCACUGGCACAAGGUGUACAUGGAAGGCUUGCAGAAGCUCUUCGAUGAGAGCAAGGCAGAAGCUGGCUGCCCUAACGCACAGCUGAAGAUACUGUGA